ACAGGCGCCUUAACGGCGUAUUCCUAGAUCUCUUUGCUCGAAAAUACGUCGUAUUGUGUUCAACUGAGGCUUACUUCCAGUUCACUGGAAAACAAUGAGGCGUAGUUCAAGUACUAGUCGCAUCAAUUGCAGGCAGUCCAUCCAACCUCUCAGGGUGCAUGAUACCAACAAGGCUGGACUCCAUACCCCGCAAACGCAAGACAGGAGAACAACUGUGGGAAAGCAGAGUGUAGGGAAAUAUGCACCAGGGACAUCAGAAAGGAAAACCAGCUUUUUUGGCAAAAGAAACAGUGGCCCUGGAAGCUUACGAAACAGUCAGUAUGGUGCAUUUGGAAGUAUGGAGAAGAUCAAAGAACCUAGACCACUUCAUGACAAAGCAUUCAUUCAGCAGUGCAUCCGUCAACUCUGUGAUUUUCUUAUAACAUAUGGAUAUGGACCUAGCGUCUCUGUGAAGUCACUCCAAACUCCAUCUGUUAAGGACUUUGUGAAAAUCUUCACAUUUAUUUAUGAAAUCCUUUGCCCUUCUUGUGAGCUUCAGAAGUUUGAAGAAGAGAUUCCAAGAAUUUUUAAAGAACUUGGGUAUCCCUUUGCAUUGUCAAAAAGUUCUAUGUACACAGUGGGAGCACCACAUACAUGGCCUCAGAUUGUAGCAGCAUUGGUCUGGCUGAUAGACUGUAUCAAGUUGUAUUUUUCUAUGAAAGAGAACCCACAGCCAUUUGAUGAAGGACAGUCUCUGGGAGAAACUGAUGAUGGAAUUGUACAUAACAAGCUCUUUUUAGACUAUACUACAAAAUGUUACGACCAUUUUAUGAGGGGAGGAGACACAUUUGAAGAAUUUGACGCUGAAGUACAUUCCAAAUUAAAGGAUCUUUUUAAUACACAUGAAAAUCGUAUAGAGGCACUGGAAAUGGAAGAAAGAAGGCUUAAUGAGGAGAUUGCAAGGCGUGAGAAGGAGCGAGAAAGUGAACCAGACCGUUUAGUGACUUUACAGAAACUGAAGUCAUCUUUACAAGCAGAUGUUAAGAAAUAUGAAGUUUAUAUGGAUAACCUGGAAUCACAUUCAAACAGUAUCAGUCAAAAAUCAAAAAAUAUUACUGAAGAAUGUGAGGCUGCUGCCAUGGAAAUUGAAGCACUGAAGCAGGAGAAUAGUAAUCUGAAGCUCAUCUGUGAUAAUCAGAAGUACUCCAUUGCAGAUAUUGAGAGAUUAAAUUGUGAAAUAGAGGAAUUGCAGCAGGCAGUCAAUAAGCUAACCAAGGAACUGGAGACCGAACAGCAUCAGCUGUGGAAUGAGGAAUUAAAAUAUGCUAGAGGAAAAGAAGCGAUUGAAACCAAAUUGGCAAAUUGCCAUAAACUGGCUCGGAAACUGAAACUAAUUCCUUUAAAUUCAGAGAAUUCUGCUGGUUUUGAUAUUAAAUUUAAUCUCGAUGCAGGAGCAAAUUGUCUGGCCAAGUACACAACUCAGAUUCGUGCUCACCUUGCACACCUUAUGAGCAAAACUGAAGAAGAAAUUGUUAAUGCUACAAAGAAAAAAAUGGCUUUAGAGGACGCUUCAGAACAAGUAAGCACAAUGGAAACAGAAAAAAAUGGCAAUCUCAAAAUACUAAGAGAAGAAGCCCAAAAACUGGAAGAUCUUUGUCAGCAGAAAAUGAAGGAAGUUGAGGAAAAAGAGGAGAAAGGUAACAAAGAGUUGGAAUUGUUGGAGAAACAUAAAUGUAUGCUUUCUGGUGGAGUCGAUGAAGGUGUCAGUGAAGCUAUGGAAGAGCUAUAUGAAUUGCAGUGCCGAUUUCAAGUGGUUAUGCAGACAACAUCGGAAGAGAGCAGGAAAGUGCACAAAAAUUUACAACAUCUUCUAGAACUAAUAUUUACUCAUCUUGAGUCUGUAGAGAAGUACCUGAUUGAACAGAAUGCAAACAUUGAUAGAGAAUUCCAUGAAUUUAUGUUGGAAGAUCCAUUGGCUAACUUGAGAGAAAUCCUAGACAGUUACAAAAAGAAGGCCAAUGCUUUGUAUGUCUCAAAGAAUGAAAAUGUUGCCUAUAUAUUGAAGUAAACAUUUCUUAUAUAUUUAACCUUGGUUUAUUUCCAUAAACAUCUUUAUAUUAUGUGUAUUUCAUAUGUGAGAAAUAUUUGAAAGUAAAAUAAAGAACCUCCUUAUGGCUGUUAAUAAAUCCAAAUAUAACUACUGUUUAAAAUCCAUGCCUGCCAGGUCAAUAUCUCAGUUUGAAUGAGGUAAUGUUUCAGUCACUUGGAGUUGUAACUAAUGUCAGUUUACCUUCUCGCUCAUUUAAAUAGGACUAGUACUUGAUAUAGCCCAUAGUGCCAUCUGUGUAUGGACAUGUGAAUGCAUGGAACUGGAUCAGGGCCAUGAUGGGCUUGAAAUUGGCAGACUGGACUUCUCACUUCACCCAAGUUUAGAAAACAGGCAUAUCAUAGUUUUACAUAUAAAGAAAGCUUAAGUACAGCA